CUCUGAUUUGUAAAAAUGUUUCAGAUGGCUGAGGAUAAUAAAAAGAGGGCUGCCCGCAAGCGGCACUGCAGUCGCAACCCUGUACUGGCCAGGGGUAUUGGACGCUUCUCCCGCUCGGCCAUGUUUGCCCGGCGCGCCAUGUACAAGAGGAAGACUAAGGCACCUGAAACCAGGAUUGAGAAGAAGCUGAAGGAGAAACCCCCUACCACCGUGGUGAAAACUGUUGGUGGAGACAAGAAUGGAGGUACCCGUGUUAUCAGACUGCGCAAGAUGCCACGUUACUACCCAACAGAGGAUGUGCCCCGGAAGCUGCGCAGUCAUGGCAUCAAGCCCUUCAGCCAGCACAGGAGGAAACUGCGUUCUUCCAUCACGCCUGGAACUGUACUCAUCAUGCUAACCGGCCGCCACCGUGGCAAGCGUGUGGUUUUUCUCAAGCAGCUGUCUAGUGGGCUCCUCCUUGUCACAGGUCCAUUAGCAUUGAACAGAGUUCCUCUGCGUCGUGCCCAUCAAAAGUUCUGCAUUGCCACUUCCACCAAGCUGGACAUCUCAAGCGUGAAGCUUCCCAAGAACCUGAAUGAUGCUUACUUCAAGAAGAAGCAGCUCAGGAAGCCCAAACACCAAGAAGGGGAGAUCUUUGACACUGAGAAAGAGAAGUACCAACUGACAGAGCAGCGGAAGGAAGACCAGAAAGCUGUUGACUCUCAGCUGUUGCCUCUUAUUAAAAAAGUUCCUCAGCUGAAAGGGUACCUGCGCUCCCAAUUUUUCCUCUCCAAUGGGGUGUAUCCCCACAAACUGGUUUUCUAAAGAAAUAAAACUUGGUUAUUCCACCCACUAA